UUUGAUGCGACACCGGAAUCCGGACGUGGUUGUCUUUUACUUUUUGUCUCGUUAGCAUCCAGUUGCAGCGACGCUUGGUUUUUAAUAGAACGCACCGAGGAUGUCUGGUUCUUCCAAUCUCGUAGCCAUGAAAAAGGUUGUACAGCAGCUUCGUUUUGAGGCGAGCAUUAACAGAGUGAAGGUGUCCCAGGCAGCUGCAGAACUUCAGCAGUUUUGCAUGCAGAAUGCUCUGCAUGACCCUCUGCUCACCGGCGUGUCCUCCAGCACCAACCCAUUCAGGCCACAGAAGGUCUGCUCUUUCUUGUGAUACCACUGUGUUCAUUGGCCUUCGUUUUGACAAAACAGGGAAAAUUUGACCUCAACACUGCUCCUCGUGCCAAGCCAUAGUAGUGCCACGAGACGUCUUGUGUGUAGAAUGCAUUGGAAUCAUGUCAGAAAAAUGAGCAUCUAUUUUUGUUUAGUUUGUUUUGCAACAGUAGAAGAGUUCAGACAGUUUUAUUUUUCAUGGCACAGUGUGGUUUUUCAAGUAAAUUAUUGUGCCUUUUAUAUUCUAUUUUAGUCACUACUGUUACUGACCUUUUGUAUUUAAUGAAUAAAAAGUCUUUGGUACUCCA